AUGUCCUCCCUCUACAAUCUCGAGCCCCAACCAACCGCCUCCUGUAUCCUCCACACGACGUCCGGCGACAUCUCACUGGAGCUAUGGGCGCAACAAGUCCCUUUGACAUGUCGCAACUUCCUCCAACUCUGCCUGGAUGGCUACUACGAUAACACGAUAUUCCACCGUCUCGUACCUGGUUUCAUCCUACAAGGCGGUGAUCCAACAGGUACUGGGAAUGGCGGGGAAAGCAUCUACGAUGGCGGCGCAUACUCAGAGGAAAGAGAGAAGGGUGGUAUAUGGCCGAUGGAGGAUCGCAAGGGGAAGAAUGCUGGUAUGAGGGGCGUGGGGUUCAAGGAUGAAUGGCAUAGUCGGAUUAAGUAUAAUCGACGGGGUUUGUUGGGCAUGGCGAAUGAUGGGACGGAGAAUUCGAAUGGGAGUCAGUUCUUUCUUACGCUAGGGAACACGCCGGAGUUGCAUGGGAAGAACACUUUGUUUGGAAGAGUGGAAGGUGAGACGAUUUAUAAUGUUGCGAAGAUGGGUGAGGCGGAGGUUGGAGAGGGGGAUAGGCCAAUUUAUCCUACGAAGAUUACGAGUGUGGAGGUACUAGUCAACCCAUUCAAGGAUAUGGAGAGGAGGACGAGGACAGCACCAGUUCGCGCGGAGAAAGAGAAGCUGGCGGAAAAGAAAAAGAAGAGGAAAGCUGGAAAGCAACUCUUAAGCUUUGGAGAUGAGGAAGGAGAGGAACCCGCGCAACCAAUUGUGAAGAAGGCCAAGUUCGAUUCGAGGAUAGUAACAGAUGAGGGAGAGGCACCCGCGGAGCCAAAACCAAAAUUGCCCAAGGAGACGAAAAAGAAGGUCGCGAAACCAGUAUCAGUAGAGUCCUCCCCUGAGCCUAUACCUGCUCCAAAAUCGCUACCGAAUCGCUCUGUAAAAGUGGAAAGUCGGGAACCUUCAUCCUCGCCAGAACCCGUUCAAAAGGUCUCGUCACUUCUGGAUCGAACGAAUGCACAAAUUGCAGAAUUGAAGGCCUCAAUGAAGCGAAACGUCCAAACUGCGCCCGUCAGGGAAAAGAAAAAGUCGGUUCUAGAAGAAAUGAUACCAAAAACGUCAGUCCGAGGCAGGAAAAGAAAAGCAGGCGGAAACAAUCCUACGAAAGAUGAUCUACGAUCGUUGGAUAUUCUUAAGGCGUUUCAAUCAAAAUUGGAAUCUGCACCUCCCGAGAAAGAAGUCAUUAAGGCGGAGCCGAAACUGGAAGAAGAUGGAGGAAGCAAAGCCAACGGAGCAGAAGAUGACGAAGAAGCAGCUCUCUGCGAUCUUCAUUUUAUUGCAGGCUGUGAGUCAUGUAAGAAAUGGGAUGCACAGGAUGAAGGAGAAGAGGAAGAUAAUGAUGAUGAAAAUUGGAUGUCACAUGCAUUGUCCUUCAAAGAGGACAAGCUAGGCAAGGAUUUGAGCUACAGGAAAAAGGCAGAGGACGAACUAGUGGUCAUUGAUCCCAGAGAGAAAGCAAGAACUCUAAAAGAAGAGAAGAAGGCACAACGGGAUGCGCGAAGUGGUGUCACGGGGAGGGAAUGGGAUCAGGCUCGGAAUGAAAAGUUAGCCCGAGCAUCUGCUUUCUCGGGGAGAGGAGCCAAGUAG